AUGCAAGAUGCUGCCCGUGCUGCCUGUGUGUCUCACUCCUUUCUAUGCUCCUGGAGAUGCUAUCCCAAUCUUAUCUUCACGGAAGAAACAAUGUGCUCCAAAGAAAAUUUACGUAAGAGAACAGUGGGAUCAAAUGGUAUACAAGACUACAACAACAAUAUCCACCACGUUUUAACAAACCACUCAGGCGCUGGCGUGAGGAAAUUCAGGCUUGAAUAUCAUGUUCCUUAUGAUGCAAAAUCAUAUCACCGUCUCAGUAGUUGGCUUCAGAUCGCUGUCACACCAAGUAUUGAAGAGCUCAACCUUGUAGUAUGGCCGAAAGAGACAACAUUUAUUUCGCAAAAAAGAAAGAAAAAGGCAACGUUUAACUUUCCAAUCACACUUCUGUCUGACAUGUGUAAAGGCUCAAUUCAGCAUCUUCACCUUGCCAAUGUGGACCUGCAUCCAACAUUUCAACUUGGUUUGAGAACCCUGAAAUCGCUGCAUCUGCAUGGCGUGAAUAUUACGGGGGACGAGUUAGGGUGCCUUCUAUCUAAUUCCUUUGCUUUGGCACACUUGAGACUUCAAUAUUGUCAUGACCUCAUUCGCCUGGAGAUACCUUGUCUGCUGCAGCGGCUUAGGUUCCUGGAGGUGCUUGAAUGUAGCCUUCAGGUGUUAGAGAUCAAUGCCCCAAAUAUCUCGAGAUCCCGCUUACUAGAUUUUAAUGUGAAACUCUCGCUUGGAAAGUCGCGGAAGAUGAAGUACCUGAUGUUGAACAAUAGCUGUGUCAUCAGUUAUGCUAUUGACAACCUUCCUUCCUGCGCGCCGAAAGUUGAGACUCUUACCAUACAUUCUAGUUAUGAGAUUAUUAAUGCACCAGUGGCAUCUGGCAGAUUUUGCCACCUCAAGAUCUUGAUUAUUUAUUUUUUUGGAUUCCAUUCUCAUCGGGACUAUGAUUAUUUAUCCUUGGUUUCUUUUUUUGACGCUUCUCCUUUGUUGGAGAAGUUUGUCUUGUUUGUAUCGCCAGUGCAGUCCAAGUAA